GAGGGAGGGGAGAAAGGCGAGGAGGUUUUCGCGGCCUGCGGUGUGGUUCUAUUUCGGAAAUCAGUAGUUAUCGCUUCAUUCUGAACGGACGGAUGUUUUACACGGACCUAAAUUCAAUUUGAAGCGACGGGUGCUCUAAACGGUGCAUGAAGCUCUUGAAUAAAGCUCUUGAAAAGCCUCACCGGACUGAAGGGAAGUCAGAAAGAAGACCAGGAAGAGAACAGGAAAUAGCUUUUAGCAAGUGGAGAUGGCCUACUCUAACUACAGCACACUGAACAGGGCUCAGCUCACCUUCGAGUAUCUGCACACCAACUCGACCACCCAUGAGUUCCUGUUUGGAGCUCUGGCUGAGCUGGUGGACAACUCCAGGGAUGCCAAUGCCACCCGGAUUGACAUCUACACAGAGAAGAAACAAGACUUGCGUGGAGGCUACAUGCUAUGUUUCUUAGACGACGGCACAGGAAUGGACCCCAACGAGGCGACCCAUGUGAUCCAAUUUGGGAAGUCCAGUAAGCGUACACCAGAUUCCACUCACAUUGGCCAGUACGGGAACGGACUCAAAUCGGGUUCCAUGCGUAUUGGGAAGGAUUUUAUUCUGUUUACCAAGAAGGACAACACACUGUCCUGCCUGUUCCUGUCUAGAACAUUCCAUGAGGAGGAGGGGCUUGACGAGGUGAUCGUACCCCUGCCCACCUGGGAACUGCUGACCAGACAGCCAAUCACAGGCGACCCUGAGAAGUUCGCCAUAGAGACGGAGCUCAUCUACAAAUACUCUCCUUUUAAAAACGAACAGCAGCUGAUGGAACAGUUCAACAAGAUAGAGGGCAGCAGCGGUACUUUGGUGAUCAUCUAUAACCUGAAGUUGAUGGACACCAGAGAGCCAGAGCUGGAUGUGGAGACAGACCACCAGGAUAUCCUGAUGGCUGGAACCCCCUCAGAGGGAGUGAAGCCAGAGCGUCGGUCGUUCCGAGCAUAUGCUGCUGUCCUCUACAUCGACCCCAGGAUGAGGAUCUUCAUACAGGGACACAAAGUCAGGACCAAGAGACUGUCCUGCUGCCUCUACAAACCCAGGGUAUAUAAAUACACAUCAACUCGAUUCAAAACCCGCGCUGAGCAGGAAGUAAAAAAGGCUGAUCACCUCGCUAAGUUAGCUGAAGAGAAGGCUCGGGAGGCGGAGAGCAAAAGUCUGUCUCUGGAGACCAAACUGGGAGACGACAUGUCUAGAGAAUCACGGGUCAUAUUGCGUAAGGCCCAGGAGGGUGCCAUGAUGCUUCGCCAGGAGGCAGAAGUGAAGAAGAAGAUUCAGGAGUCCAAACAGAAAGCGUUGAAGGACCCAAAGGAGCUGAGUUUUAUCUUUGGGGUGAACAUUGAGCAGAGAGACCUGGACGGGAUGUUUGUGUAUAACUGCUCUCGCCUCAUCAAGAUGUAUGAGAAGACUGGACCUCAGCUGGAGGGAGGAAUGGCGUGUGGGGGUGUUGUGGGGGUAGUAGAUGUCCCAUACCUGGUUUUGGAGCCCACACACAACAAGCAGGACUUUGCGGACGCUAAAGAAUACAGACACCUCCUGAGAGCGAUGGGAGAACACCUAGCCCAGUACUGGAAGGACAGCAACAUAGCUCAGAAGGGCAUAGUGAAGUUCUGGGAUGAGUUUGGGUACCUGUCUGCCAGCUGGUCCUCGCUCCCCUCGCCAGAGCAGAGGUACAAGAGACGCCGCGCCAUGGAGAUACCCCUCACCAUACAGUGUGAUAAGUGUCUGAAGUGGAGGACUCUGCCAUUCCAGAUGGAUGCGGUGGAUAAACGUUACCCGGACAGCUGGGUGUGUCUGAUGAACCCUGACAGCACUCAGGACAGGUGUGACGCGCAGGAGCAAAAACAGAACCUUCCGUGUGGGGUUCUGAAGAAGGACAGGCAGACGGCCGAGGACAAACAGAAAGAACUGACAGAGAAGAUUAGACAGCAGCAGGAGAAACUAGAGGCUCUGCAGAAAACCAGCACCAUCAGAUCAGCAGCAGAUGUGAAGAAGUUACCUCUAGACGUCAGCAUGAGACCCAUAAAUGAGAGUUCCUCCCAGGGAACCAGGUCGUCAGAGCGUGUGUCACGCCCUCGCUCCCCUCCUCUCCCUGCACUCCUCAAGAACGCCCCCAGCCAGCCCCCAGCCCUCAACCGCAAACCCACAUAUUCCCCUCGACCGACCACCCGGCCUGCUGCCCCUCCCCCGGCACCCAGAGUUGACCAAUCCAGAGCUGGAGCGAAGCAGUCACCCGCUCCAGCAAAGCCCGCCCCCAAAACUCCAGCCAAAGUCCCCGCCAAACCCACCCCUUCAAGCCGUACCUCACGGACUCCAGCCAAAUUGUCUCCUGGCAAAGCAACACCUGCUAGCAGCCAGCGCAAGAAAGUGAUGGAGCAGGAGGAGAGUGAAGAGGAGGAGGAGGAGGAGGAGGAAAAAGAGGAGGAAGACAAGGACGACAGCGAGGAGGAGGAGCCUCAGCCCAAGAAAUCCAAGAUGGUAACUGCAGUGGGGAAUCGUGGGAAAGCUGUUGAGAAAGCUCCACUCAAACGGGGAAAAGUGACAGAGGUGACAGACAGCACAGAGAACGAGGACCCAGAAUAUGAUCUGAAGAAUGCUCAGAAAGAUAAGGGUCUGUUGGUGGAGGUGCGUGUGAAUAAGGAAUGGUUCACAGGCAAAGUUGUUGCUGUGGAAACCAGUAAGCAGAGCAUUCGCUGGAAGGUGAAGUUUGACUACGUCCCCAGAUCCACCCCCAAGGACCGAUGGGUUUUCAAAGGCAGUGAGGAGGUGAGGUUGAUGCGACCGCCCUCUCCCCUCUCCCAGACCCCUGACACACAACAAGGGGAGGGGACUGAGAAAGGCCCCCCCCCCAUGGAACCUGACACCACCCAACCAGGAACCAGUCGAGAGGUGACUGACAACCUGGUCACCAUGAUGAGGACAGUGCUGCGUUAUUUCUUCCCUCCUGAUUUCCGGAUUCCGAAGGAAGAUGUCAACAGCAUGACUGCAGAGGAGCUAGUGGCCUUCCCUAUGAAAGAGUAUUUCCAGCAGUAUGAGCUGGGUCUCCAGUCUUUGUGUAACUCGUACCAGAGCAGAGCUGAUGCCAGAGCCAAAGCUGUGGAGGAAAAGAGUAGCAGCGCUGAGACCAAACUCAGGGAGGCAGACGAAAAGCUACAGAAACUACGAACCAACAUUGUACAACUGCUGCAGAAAGUACAGGAGGACAUUGACAUAAACACAGACGAUGAACUGGAUGCCUACAUAGAAGACCUGCUGACCAAGGGGGACUAGAGAGGAGGUCUCUCCACCCGGUGCCUGACUCAGACAGCACCGCCCCAUCUGAUUCUCAGAACUCUGGUCCGCCCGGCCUUCCCAAUGUGUACUGUAGCUCCUCUACAGACGCCCUUUACCCAUAACUCCCUCCAUGAGGCCUGCUUGCCCCGCUCUACACAGUCUACUCCGUUUUCUGAUAGAUCUGCAGAUGGAGGACAGGAGAGGCAGCUGCUGCCUGAACUGGUGCUGUUGCUGUUUGGUCCCUGAGUUUGUUUUUAUAAAACUGCAGUAUAUGUUUUUCUGUUUCUCUUUCUGUUCCUAUUUAGUAAGCAUUAGCAUGUUCUCAUAAUGGACGUGUAUUUUUAUUUAGUCCUUUUAUAUAUCAACAAUGUAUGUUAUAUACAAGAUAUGUUAAGCCAACCAGUCCUGAUUGACUGUAGAACUGAACUGUCAUCAAUCUGUAGGUGGUAAUCAGAUUCUGCGCACGGACACACACACACAUGCCAGUCUGAGUAGGGCACCAUUCAUCCCCGAUCAAAGUUCCUGUGAUGUAGAUGACAGGCGUUUCUGUGAUUUCAGAAGACGGUCUGUAUUCUCCAUAUUGAUCUGUGAUCAGGUGGAGAGAUAUUAAAUGAAUCAUAAACCAAUAAUCUGAUAACGUCCUGACCUCUAAUCCUGACCCACAACCCCUUUAUUACCACCAGUCAGUCAGAUGCGAAUCCAGUUCCAUUGAAUCCCAUAUUUGAUGUUAGCUGCAAUCACUCUGGUCGAGCCUUUUUAAGCAUGUUAAAGCAUUAAGUUUCAUCCAUUGUCCCAGUGUUGAUAAAUCAAAUCAGUGUUGCCUAGUGGCUUUCAACCUACUUUCUCCUACCCUCCUCUCUCCCAUCCUACCCUCCUCUCUUCUCAUCCUACCAUCCUCUCUCCCACCCUUCCCUCC